AUGGAGGAAUACGACCGCGAGGCGCCGCUGUUCGACCAGCGGUUCCACGUGCUCGUGCAGUACCCCAAUCGUGACGAGAAGCUGCUGCCACUUACCAUUCGUCUGCUCACUGGUGUGCGCCAAAACCAUACGAAGAACCAAAAGGAACACGUUAUGCGUGUGGAGAUCACUGAUGACGACGGCGUCGAUCCGUGUUUUCUCUACUUUUGGCGCGUCUCGGAGGAAGAGUUUCACGAGCUGAAGACGCAGCAGAGACUGCUCGUGGAUUUCGCCACGUUUCCAGCCAACCUCAUUGAGUUGCUGCAAUGUUGUCUCAAGGACAGCAACAACAGUGCAGGAGGAGAAGGCACAGAAGCCGAGGUCUGCAGUCGUGACGAGGCCAUAGCUGUUGCAGCACCGAGAAAGCCAGGCGAGGUUGGGCUCAAUCAGAAAACGAGGUCCGCUGGACCUAUUCCGUUGAGCUAUUUGGCAGUGUUGAACACGUCGGAUAGCAACGGGCAGUCGGUGUUUAGUAUCGUGGAAACGAACCCAUUCAAGCAAUUAACGCACCUGUCGUUGAGGUUUUCACCAGGUGACGAUGUGGCCGUUAAGACGUACCUUGCGUCGCGGUUGGCGCAGGUAGAAGCAAGUCGACGUUUGCUGUCAACGUCGUUGAAGCAGGUGAAGAACGAGUUGCAGCUUGCACAGACGAAUGGAGCCAAACUGGCGCAUCAGUUGUCGGCAUUAGGCAAUGAGGCAGAGUCGACGCUUUUGCAGGAGAAAAGUAAGUUUGCAGAUGCACUGAACGCUCAGCGACAAGAGGCAGCAACUGCGUUGAAAACGCGUGAAGAUGAGCUCACUGCCAAAAUUGACGCACUUUUGGAAAGACACGAGAAGGAGCUCCAAGCGCUGAAGGCUACAGCCAGAGCAAACGAGGAGCAAGUGCGCGAUCUGUCCAAGCAAAAGUAUCAGCACGAAGCGCAGAUUGCCCAUCUGCAAGCUCAGACCGAAGACCUCGGUCAGACAAAGAAUGCGCUAUCAGACGAGGUGGACAAGCUACGCAAUCAGAACAAAGAGCUAGACCAAAAAGUGUUUGAGCAAGACAAGCAAAUAAAUGCGUUGCAACUACGGGUAGACGCGGUGCGGGAGCAACUUGCCGAUAAGGAAGACGUCGUCAAGAAGACCGCAGGUCUCUUGCAAUCUGCGAGACUGCAUAAUGAGGAAGUCGAUGAGUCAUUGAAGAUGUAUCGAGACAACCACGCGAGGCUCCAACAGAAGCUGGAGUUAAGUAUCUCGGAGAUCAACAAGGGGAACGACAUCAUCGAUCGUAUACAGAACGAAAGUCGUACGCUGAAGUCCAAGAUGCGGAUGAAAGCCAAGAUUAUUAAGCAGCAAGAACAGUUUGUCAAGGAAAAGCAAGUCCAGCAUGAGGAGGCAGUUCUGGGGCUCAAGUCAGCUAAAGAAGAUGUUCGCAAGCGAGACGAGCAUAUAUUACACUUGAAGGGCACAGUGAAAGAAUUGAGUCAGAAGCUGGAGGACAGCAACAAGUUACUUGCAUCGAACCAACAAGUAAUCACGUGGCUGAACAAAGAGAUCAAUGAAGCACAACUGGGUUACCAACGGAGGUCGACUGCACACCCAUCCGUACUCUCCUUUCGUCCAUCCGACAAGGCCGUUAAUAAUCCCUGA